AUGCUCACGCCCGCCACGAACAACGUGCUGUCGAGGACGGCGGAAAACGCGCCGCCUCAGAAGCAGAUGAGCAGCCUCGCUGUACGAAUGACGCGCGGCGCUCCUCCAGCAAGCUCGGUUCACCACAAGCCCAAACAGGCGUACCAAGAAGCAUAUGAGGACCUGGGGGAGAUCUACGUUAAGCUGUGCGUGUCGACGGUGGCGUAG